GACAAAUACAGUUUGAGUACUGAAAUCAUCAGAUAAUAUAAAAAGAGAGUUUUUCUUGCUGUAAUGUAACAAAGAGAUGACUUGAAAAGUAUGUGAAAGGUCUAUCAUCGGAUGUAUUCUCAAGAUUGAGAUAUCAUGGCUCUACCACCCUGAACAUGGGCUGCAACUCUGCUAAACAUGUCAAAGUAGUUGAAGAUACUAAAUCAGAUAAAGUGAUCAGGUCAGCAUUAUUGAUACAGAAAUGGUAUCGUCGUUACAUGGCGAGAUUAGAGGCCAGACGGAGAUGUACCUGGGAAAUAUUCCAGUCUAUAGAGUAUGCUGGGGAACAGGACCAGUUAAAACUAUACAACUUCUUUAAUGAUAUGCUCCAACAGAUGGAACCAGACAAAUGUGGUCAGCCUAAAAUACUGAGAGCUUUGUCUGUGUCAAAAAGACCGGUCAGUAUGGAUUCCCUUACUUUGGAAGCAGAAGAUGCCAACAUCUACCGUCUGUCUAAUCCAGACGCUAUCACUGUUGAUCCAAUGUAUACUGGUCCCCACAUUACAUUUCCUAUGACAUACUCUCAGCUACAGAGCUUAAUCCAAGCAAUCAAAUCUAAACAGAGAUUACAUGUAAAAUAUCUGUUAGAGUUACUGUUGGAAACUCGGGAAGAAUUAAAGAAACUUGGAAAUAUAAAUCAAGCAACAACUUCAAUUUCACAUAAAAUAACUGUGUGUGGAGAUUUACAUGGCAAACUUAAUGAUCUCUUUAUGAUUUUCCACAAGAAUGGUCUGCCUUCAGUGGACAAUCCUUACAUCUUUAAUGGAGAUUUUGUAGACAGGGGAAGCAACUCUGUAGAAAUAGUUAUUAUUUUAUUUGCCAGUUUUCUGUUGUAUCCAAAUGAGAUGUAUAUCAAUAGAGGAAACCAUGAAGAUCAUAUAAUGAACAUCAGGUAUGGAUUUGUGAAGGAAAUCAACAGAAAAUAUACAGCACAUGCUACUAUGGUGUUAAGGCUCUUUGAAGAUGUGUUCAGUUGGUUACCAAUAGCAACAUUAAUUGACAGGAAGUUGUUGGUGGUGCAUGGUGGGAUAUCAGAUACAACAAGUCUUAGUGAUAUUGCAAAGAUUGAUAGACAUAAGUUCCUGUCAAUACUACAUCCACCUAGAGAGGAUGGAGAUAUAACCAAGUUAACAGAAAGUGAAAUAAUGGAAUGGAAAACGAUGUUAGAUAUAAUGUGGAGUGAUCCUCGUACACAGGUGGGGUGUACUCCUAACACGUUCAGAGGAGGUGGGGUUUACUUUGGAUGUAACGUGACUGAAUCAUUCCUAUCCAAACAUCAGCUACAAGGUAUUAUCAGGUCACAUGAAUGUAAAGCUGAUGGAUACGAGUUCUGUCAUAAUCAAAAGGUAUUAACAGUAUUCUCAGCAUCUAAUUACUAUGAGUAUGGAAGUAAUCGUGGUGCUUAUCUGAAAAUUGUUGGUAGGGAUCUACAAUACAACCUGGUACAGUACUCCACGACCAAGGCUUCACGGAGAAAAAUUACGUUUACGCAAAGAGUGAGUAAUUUUGAAACGUCAGCACUACAAGAUUUGAGAGAGAAAAUAUUGGCUUCUAGAACACAGCUUGUUCAGGAGUUUGAAAAAUAUGACAAGUCUGUUACAGGAAAGGUAGCAGUAAAAGAAUGGUGUAUAGUAAUGGAAUAUGUUAUGAAGAUGGAUUUACCAUGGAGGUCAUUAAGGUCAAAACUUGUCAAAGAUGAUCCUGGUAGUGAUAAAAUGGUGCUGUAUCAUACAAUGUUUGACCAAUAUCAUCUUUAUCAUAGAUAUACUGGGAAUGGUCCAACCCUAACAGAGAUGUUAUACAGAAAUAAGGACAACUUAGAAACUAUAUUUAGAAUUUUAGAUAAAGACAAUUCUGGUCAGAUUUCUAUGGAAGAAUUUGAAGAGACAAUCAAGAUGUUGAUCAAACAUCAAGGACUUAAGGUUCCAGAGAGAGACAUUCUUGACAUUGCACACAGCAUUGAUAUUAAUAAAGAUGGAUCAAUUGACUUCAAUGAAUUUCUGGAAGCUUUUCGUAUUGUUGAUCAUUUUGGUAUAAAUCGCACCAGACGACGUAUGGAUUCUAAUGAAUCAGCAGAUUUUCAUUCAGUAAAUGGUAGUAUUAGAUCAGUCAAUGUGUCUCCUACAGAAAUGACCAGAAAGAUUUCUCGCAAAGUUUCCAGACGAACAAGUUUAAAUGAGAUUGUGGAAAUUUCUGCUAGUUGUAAAGACCAUUCCUUAUUAAAUGACAAUUUAGUACAGGAACUUUCAGAAUGUGAUAAAACUUUAGAAUGAGAAAUUACAGCGACAGUAUACCUUGAAUAUUAAACAGAAUUAAAUGAAAAUUUUUUGGAAGACAGCCUAUGUAAAGAAUCAGGAUGCAUAGGUUUUUUUUAUAUCUUUUCUUGCAGUACUUGUACACCUAAUCAGUUCUUUCACUUUUUAUACGACCGCAAAAAAAUUUUUGUGGUCGUAUAUUGGUAUGACGUUGGCGUCGUCGUCGUCGUCUGGCGUCGUCCGAAGACACAUUGGUUUUCGCACUCUAACUUUAGUUUAAGUGAAUGGAGCUCUAUGAAAUUUUACCACAAGGUUCAAUACCACAAAAGGAAGGUUGGGAUUGAUUUUGGAGGUUAUGGUACCAACAGUAAAGGAAUAAGGGGCCAAAAAUAAGCAUUUUUGUAACUUCCAGACAUAACUUGUGUGUUAGUGUAUGGAUCUCUCUGACAUUGUACCACAAGGUUCCAUAUCACAAAAGGAAUGCUGGGAUUGAUUUUGGGGGUAAUUGCCUCAAAAUUUUAGGAAUUAGGGGCCAAAAAAGGGGCAAAAAAACAAGCAUUUUUCUAGUUUCAUGACAAUAACUUGUGUGUAAGUGUAUGGAUCUUUCUGAAAUUGUACUGCAAGGUUCCAUAUCACAAAGGGAAAGCUGGAAUUGAGUUUGGGGGUAAUUGCCAAAACAUUUAGGAAUUGGGGGCCAAAAAGGGGCCAAAAAUAAGCAUUUUUCUAGUUUCCAGACAAUAACUUGUGUUCAAGUGUAUGGAUCUCUCUGAAAUUGUACUGCAAGGUACCAUACCACAAAGGGAAGGCUGGGAUUGAUGAUGGGGGUAAUUGCCUCAAUGUGUUAGGAAUUAGGGGCCAAAAAGGGGCAAAGAACAAGCAUUUUUCUAGUUUCAGGACAAUAACUUGUGUGUAAGUGUAUGGAUCUUUCUGAAAUUGUACUACAAGGUUUCAUAUCACAAAGGGAAAGCUGGGUUUGAGUUUGGGGGUAAUCGCCCUGAACGUUUAGGAAUUUGGGGCCAAAAAGGGGCCAAAAAACACAUUUUUCUAGUUUCCAGACAAUAACUUGUGUUCAAGUGUAUGGAUCUCUCUGAAAUUGUACUGCAAGGUACCAUACCACAAAGGGAAGGCUGGGAUUGAGUUUGGGGUGAUGAAUCAUAAGGGGGUUCAAAAAAUUGGGGGGGGGGGGGGGGGGGGGGGUUUUCCUUUUUUUUUUCUUUUAAAAUUUUCCAUUUUAAGUUGGUUAUUUCUGAUUUAUAUUUAAAAGCAAAUAAUAAUAAUAUGGUAGGAGAUACACACCAAACAGGAUGUGUAAAUUAUUAUAUAAUAAGUAUUGUGCAAUAGCAAGAAAUUUUCAAUUGCACAGUAUUGCACAAUAGCAAGAAAUCUUCAAUUGCACAGUAUUGCGCAAUAGCAAGAAAUCUUCAAUUGCACAGUAUUGCGCAAUAGCAAGAAAUAUCCAGUAGCACAAUAUUGCGCAAUAGCAAGAAAUUGUCAAUUGUACUGUAUUGUGCAAUAGCAAGAAAUGUUUAAUUGCACAGUAUUGUGCAAAAGAAGAUACUUCGUAUAAAUUGCUUAUUUCUUGACCAAUUUCAAUGGGGUUUUAUUCUUGACUUCUUGGGGUUCUUUAAUAUGCUGAAUCUAACCGUGUAUUAAGUUUUUGGAUUUUGGGUCCCGUUUUUAAAUUGGUCCACAUUGAGGUCCAAAGGGUCCAAAAUUAAACUUUGUUUGAUUUCAUCAAAAAUUGAAUUAUUGGGGUUCUUUGAUAUGCCGAAUCUAACCGUGUAUUUAGAUUCUUAAUUUUUGGUUCCGUUUUCAAAUUGGUGUACAUUAAGGUCCAAAAGGUCCAAAAUUAAACUUAGUUUGAUUUUAGCAAAAAUUGAAUUCUUAGGGUUCUUUGAUAUUCUGAAUCUAAACAUGUAUUUAGAUUUUUUAUUAUGGGCCCAGUUUUCAAGUUGGUCCAAGUCGGGGUCCAAAAUUAAACUUUGUUUGAUUUCAACAAAAAUUGAAUAUAUGGGGUUCUUUGAUAUGCUGAAUCUAACCAUGUAUUUAGAUUUUUGAUUUUUGGGCCCCGUUAUCAACUUUGUCCACAUUGAGGUCAAAAGGGUCCAAAAUUAAACUUUGUUUGAUUUCAUCAAAAAUUGAAUUCUUGGGGUUCUUUGAUAUGCUGAAUCUAACCAUGUAUUUAGAUUUUGGAUAUUGGCCCAUAAUAGGUUAAUGUCCAAUUUAAAAUUUUUAAGUUCUUAGACCACAUUCAUUAUGUGUCAGAAACCUAUGCUGUGUCAAAUAUUUAAUCACAAUCCAAAUGCAAAGCUGUAUCAAGCUUGAAUGUUGUGUCCAUACUUGCCCAAACUGUUCAGGGUUCGACAUCUGCGGUCGUAUCAAGCUGCGCCCUGCGGAGCAUUUUAUUAUAGGUCAUCUACAUUUUGAAAAGAGGUUGCUUAUGAUAAGGUUUUUAUACCCCCGUUUACGGGACAUAUUAUGGUAUACCAAUGACUGUCUGUUUGUCCACCGUCAACAUGUCGGACAAUAACUCAAAAUGCUUUAAUAAAUUUUUAUGAAACCUUGGUGAAUUGUUUAUAUCUUUUGAUGUAAGAUCUCUUUCGAUUUUUAUAAAUCUCUGACAUUGAGGAAUUAUAUAAAUUUUAGAUUCUGCGUUUUCGAGUUAUGGGAUUUUAUUCAUAAAAAUGGUGGAAUUUUCCAGUUUUUUGAACAAUAACUCAAUAAUGCUUUGAGCAGUUUUCGUGAAACUUUGGUGACUGGUUUAUAUCUAUCUAAAUAAAGCUUCCUUUAGUUUUUAUAAAUCUCUGACAUUGAGGAAUUAUGCAACUUUCUUCGUUGAAAAAUUGACGGGUGUUUCAUGCGAUCAUGGUGCAACUCUUUAUUAUAAGUUGACACUGAUUUUCAGGGGCUGCAAAGUUUUUUUCAUGCAGUUUCGGCUCAUUUUUUUAAUUGCUAAAUUUGGGUUUAAUGUUCAUGGUUACUUAAUUGCAGUAGGAAUAAAGCCCGGACUGUAAUAGUUUGGUAUUUUUCAUGGUUCUUCUGGUCAAGUUGACCUAUGUUCUAGAUAAAGAUUAACAUGAUGUACUCCAAAAAAGUAUAUAGAAGAUGUAAAUCACUAGAUUUUCUAUGAACCAAAUAAAAUGCAGGUCCAAAAUGACUGAAAGUGAGUCAAAAGUUGGUGGGUUGUUUAGGGGGUUUUUUAUGAAUAAUUUUUAUUCCUUAUUACUUACUAAGUGAAAACAAAACCUGUUAACACCAAUCAAAACUACAGGACUUUUAUGUAUAGGUGGUUACAAUAAAAUUUGUAUAGUCAUCUAUCAUGUAAUUUUGGAUUCAAUGUCUUCUUUACAACUUUUUCUUUAUGAACUUAGGGAGCUACCAUUUGAUAUUUGUAAUCUCUGUCCUGCCUUUUUAUUUAUCACUCUAUUUGGUCCUGCCUUUUUUUUUUAGUUUAUCCUGACUUUCCUUUUACAUAAAUUGUCAUCCUGCCUUUUUUUUUGCAAAGUGUCUCAUCCUGCCUUUUUUUUUACCCAAAACUGCUGUCCUGCCUAUUUUUUUCAAAUUUCAUCCUAGCCCCCCCCCCCCCCCCCCCCCCCCAUAAAAAUCAAAUGGUAGCUCCCUUAUAUUUAACAGUAAUUUAAAGGAAGUUAUUUCCCUUGGUAGGAAAACAUAUUGGUUCCUUGUAAUAUGAGCAAUAGUGUGAUGUUUAUAAAACAUUAAUAUUACUUUGAUGUAAAAACAACAUUUCAGCUUUAAAAUGGAGUUCAGUUGAAAAAUAUGCACUCUGUAUAAAUAUAAGGAGAUGUUUGUAUACAUACUUGAAUAGAAGAAUAGGAUAUUCAGUUUCUUAUUAUAUAUAUAAAAACUUUAAAUGAACUAAUUUUCUAAAAAAAAAAAAGUAAUAUAAUAAUGUUAUCUAUUUGCUUUUGAUAAUAUCCACUACACCUGAUCAACACUCUUCUCAAUAAAACAUUACCCUUUUCAUUUUAUCAGAGGUACAUUUGAUUUAAUGGAUUAAUCUAUACUGGGAGCACUAAAAGUCAAAAGUUGGAGCAGCCAAUGAGGGAUUCAUUUAUGGGGAAACUAGUGAAAAAAGACAAACUACAACAUUAUGUUGAUUCAAAAGUCUAGUAUACAUUAAAUUGGAUUACCUAAUAUACAAAGGCUGUCAUAAAACAGGUGCUUUGUUAAAUAUCAAGAAAGUGGGAUGUUUUCAGUUUUUGCAGUUUUUCACAUAAAUGAUCAUAAUUGUAACAUAUCUCUUCUGUACAAAAAAUUAUUUUUGUAAAAAUUUUUAAAAGCUUUAAUUUAUUGUCUUGUGCACAUGUUUUGCAUCUACGGGUGUUAAGUUAUACCCCUUACUUUUUGAAAUAAACAUUUGAAUAUUAAAAUCAUGUUCUUCAAAGUUUAAUUGCUAUUUUGCCUUAUAUUUAGCUAAUCCAAUUUAAAAAAAAAAAAUUAUGCUAGCAUCUUCCAUCGAUGAUCUGUUAUACUAACAUUUAUAAGAAUGUGUGAAAAUUAAGAUUAAUUGACUUUGCAGUUUUAAUGUAAAAAGGAAUUACUGAUAUUGCAUUAUAUUUUGUAGUUUGUUCUGUCAAAAUGUAAAACAUUAAGAUUGUGUUUAAUGACAUUAUGUUAUUUAAUAUAUUGGUCUGAGUAUAGAUGGGAUAUACAUCAAUGGUCUGAGUUAGCAAAACAAUACACUAGCCAAUAGAUGUAUAAACCCAUACAUCUAUGACUAGCCCAAAUUAAAGCAUACAAAAUCUCCAAAAAACAUUAGAUUUUUAAUUAUGGGUAUUGAUGAAUAUGUCAACUAAAAUCAACAUUUUAGGUAUGAAAAGGUUAAUAAAAUAGAAAAUGGGAAGUUUCUCAUUUGUAGAUUUUCCACAAGGUUUUAAUAAUGGGUAUAUAUAUAUGGUCAUUUUAUUCAUGUAAGUAUAAAUUUAUAUUUCUUAUAGAUAUAUAAGUGUUGAUGCAAAGCAAAUUUAAAGUAUAUAUAAAACAUGAUUUAUGAAUUUGAUUUAAAAAAAAUACCACUCUUCACCCUUAAAAAGAAAUCAAAGCAUAUCAUAUGUAAAUAUGAAGAAAAUUUAAUAAUUUCAUCAAAAGAUAUUCAGGUUAUUUUUUGAAAAUGGCUCAUUUAACAACAUAAAUUUUGUUGGGAUUAUAUUUUGUAAGGAGGUACACUGCUGGUAAUCUGGUUUAAUGUGUUUAGAAUUUAUACUGACAUUUUAUGAAACAAUACCAUUGCAUAACUCAAAUAGGUUUAGAUAAUCCAUUCAAUGUUUUUAGAACAGUUUUUUCACAUUUUUCACAAGGGUCAAAGGUGGUUAAUUUGGGGCCUGUGCUCUAAGAUAACUUAGCCAAAUGUUUUUGACAUUUAAGCCUACCGGUAUUUUAUUUGUAAUCUACCAUAUAAAAUCACUUUAAUGAUGUCACAGUCAGAUUGCUUCAUUAAAUCCAGGAUAAUAUUUACUUUUCAGACAGCCUAUCUUCUGAAGUUUAAAAAUUGUCAAACAGUAAUGGUAUCAUACAGUUUUUGAUUUUGAGUGCAUUUUACAGGUCUAAAUAACCUCUUCUUUUAACCCCAAAUUAAAUAAAGAACAUUUAAAAUAUAUGAUGUUAACUUGUAGUUGAUUUGAACCGGUAGUUAACAACUGGGUCCAGGUCAUCAAAUUAUACUGGAUAUUUAAGCUUUGAAAUAUUGAUACAAUGCACUAUAAAAACUUGGAAUAUGAUUUAUUUUUUUAUUUUUCCAUAUUUCUUGUUUAUUUUAUUUUAUACCACUAUGCCAAAUAUGGUGUUGUUUAUAAGAUAUUGUUUAAUUUAUGUAAUAAAAUUUAUAAAACAUGA